AUGCGAACUGCUUCCUCUCAAUCUCGCAAAUUUCUACCAUCUUCUUUACCUGCCAUUUAUUAUGAUGAAAGUAUUGAAAGUUUUGAAGCAUGGCUUGUGGAAGCAUUGACUGAUGAGUUGUACAAAACUAAAAAUUACUGGAGACCUACCAUAUCUAAUAACUUAUUAAUUAUUAUAUUAAAUGGUGCAAAAAUUGAAUAUGAGUUAAAGAGAUUUCAAAAAUCUGAUGAUCAUGAUUUUGUUAAACGAGUAAAACAAGAAUAUGCUUCACAAAUAUCUCCACAAUGUUAUAGUCUAGGUGAAGGAAAAAUUGAUUCAAACUCUGGUAACAUAGAAUAUGAAGUAAAAUAUUUGCAAUCAGGACACGAUAAAAUUUCUAAUCUUCGUACUGGUCUUGAUAUUCGUUCGGCUAUUAUUUAUCUAGCAAUCCAUAUAUUAGAAGGACCAUGGGUUAAAAAUGAUCACAAAACUUUUGAAAUAAAUCCAAGAUUGGUAAAUUGUAUAAAACAAAAAUCAAAACCAAAAAUACAAAGAUUCCGAGAUAGAGAAGUAAAAUAUCUUUCUCCACAAGAAAUACUAACCAAACGUCUUCAAAUUUAUGAAUUAUGUACUCAUUUAAGUAUUGCUGCAAGUUUUCUGUAUCUAGAAAAAAAUUCUGGUACUUGUUCUAGAGAAGAAUAUAUUGUAAAAGGAUUGUUAGGUAAAUAUGAUCAUACAAUACCACGACCACCAAGUGAUUUAGCAAAUCCAUUUAGUAGAAAGAAACAAGCAGAAGUAAUAUCAAAAAAGAAUGAUACAUUGGAUGAAGCAGUUAUUAAAGAUCAUUUUUAG